UAAAACAGGACCAUUAUGGUUGACGCAAUUGUAUCGUUCGGUGUUGAAAAGCUCUGGGAACUCGUGAGCGAAGAUUAUCAGCGAUUUCGGGGAGUUGAAGAGCAAAUUACUCAGCUAAAGAGUGAUCUGAAGAUGUUAAUGUCCUUUCUGAGUGACGCGGAUGCAAGGAAACAAACAACUGAACUUGCAAGAAACUGUGUGGACGACGUAAAGGAAAUCACUUACGAUGCCCAGGAUAUAAUUGAAACAUAUCUUCUAAAGCGAGAACGAAGUGAAAGUAGUGGCAUCAAGAAUCACAUGAGAAGUCUUGCUUGCAUUCAAAGUGGUCGUAGGAAGACUGCCUUAGAAAUCACAAGCAUUAGUAAGAGAAUCUCCAAAGUGAUCCAGGUUAUGCGAGAUUUUGGGAUACAAUCGAACAUUAUUGAAGGUGGGUAUUCGCAGGCUCUACAUGAUAGAAAAAGGGAAAUGCGUCAUACAUUUUCCAAUGAGUCUGAAAGCAAUCUUGUUGGUUUGGAGAAAAAUGUUGAGAGAUUGGUUAAGGAAUUGGUGGGAAAUGAUGAUAGCAGUCACGGGGUAUCUAUUACUGGCUUGGGCGGUCUUGGCAAAACCACCCUUGCACGGCAAGUUUUUAAUCAUGAUACAGUAAAACGUCAUUUUGAUGGACUUGUGUGGGUGUGUGUAUCACAAGAUUUUACACGGAAGGAUGUGUGGCAGACCAUCUUGAGGGAUCUUAGUCCUGGAGAAAAAGAUUCAAACUUGCGGGAAGACGAUAUUCAGAAGAAACUCGUUCAGUUGUUGGAAACAAAAAAAGCUUUGAUCGUCUUUGAUAACCUAUGGAAAAAAGAAGACUGGGACAGAAUAAAGCCAAUGUUUCCAGAGAGAAAAGCCGGUUGGAAGGUACUACUUACUUCACGCAACGACGCAAUACAUCCACAUUCUGUGACCUUCAAACCAGAACUCCUAACUCAUGACGAAUGUUGGAAACUUUUACAAAUGAUAGCAUUUCCUAAGAACGACACAACUGGAUAUAUAAUUGAUAAAGAUAUGGUAGAGAUGGCUAAGGAGAUGAUCAAACAUUGUGGAGGACUACCAUUGGCUGUCAAAGUGUUAGGAGGGUUGUUAGCUGCUCAACACACACCACGUCAGUGGAAAAUGAUAUCUGAGAAUAUUAAAUCUCACAUAGUUGGAGGUGGGAUUAGUUCCUAUGAUGACGAUAGCAGUUCGGUUAAUCAUGUUCUGUCUUUGAGCUUUGAAGGAUUGCCUAGUUAUUUGAAGCACUGCUUACUCUACCUAGCCUCUUUUCCAGAAGAUCAUAAAAUAGAAUUAGAGAGAUUGUCUUAUGUCUGGGCUGCAGAAGGAAUAACAAAUCCUAGGCAUUACGAGGGAGCUUCCAUUCGAGAUGUUGCGGAUCUCUACAUAGAAGAGUUAGUGAAGAGAAAUCUGGUUAUUUCUGAAAGAAACAUGUUGACUUCGAGAUUUGGAAUUUGUCAGUUGCAUGACUUGAUGAGAGAGAUUUGUUUGUUAAAAGCCAGGGAAGAGAGCUUUAUAAAGAUUGAUAGUGAUCCAGCCAACAGCUCAAGCGUUUACUCUCAAGCUUCUAGCAGAUCACGUAGACUCGUUGUGUAUUGUACAAUUCCUUUUAUUUAUGGAGAGAGGGAGAUGAAGAAUUCCAAACUUAGAUCUCUCUUGUUUAUUCCAGUUGGGUAUGAUUGGAUUAUGAUGAGAUCAAACUUCAUGGAGUUACCAUUGUUGAGGGUUUUAGAUCUCAGAUGGGCUAAAUUUGAGGGAGGGAAGUUACCCUCUAGCAUUGGAAAGCUCAUCCACUUGAAGUAUUUGAGUUUAGAGUGGACAGGUGUAACUCAUCUACCUUCAUCUUUGCGGAACCUGAAGUCGCUGCUCUAUCUUAAUCUAAAUAUACGUUCUCAUCUGACUGACGUGCCCAAUGUCUUUAAAGAGAUGCUAGAACUGAGAUACCUCUGGUUACCAUCACAAACAACUAGUAGGACAAAGUUGGAAUUGGGUAAUCUACUCAAAUUGGAGACGUUGGAGAAUUUCUCAACAGAGUAUAGCAGUGCGACGGAUCUUCACCGUAUGACAAGGCUAAGGAGUCUCCAUAUCUUAAUCAGAGGCGAGGGGUGGCGUAUGGAAACUCUAUCUUCAACUCUAAGUAAAUUGGGACAUAUACAAUCUCCCUGGAAUUCCGUUCAUCUCAAACACCCGAUGUUACCUGAUGUGCAACAUUUUCCUUCUCAUCUUACAACCAUAUCUCUACAAUAUUGUCGUUUGGAGGAGGAUCCGAUGCCAAUUCUGGAGACACUGCUACAAUUGAAAGUGGUUUUUUUAUGGCAGAACGCUUAUGUUGGGAGGAGAAUGGUUUGCUCCACCGGCGGGUUUCCUCAACUACAGGAGCUUUCAAUACAGGGACUAAAGGAAUGGGAAGAGUGGAAAGUAGAAGAAGGCUCCAUGCCCCUUCUUCAUUCUCUCUCUAUUCGUUCGUGUUAUAAGCUAAAGGAGCUUCCAGAUGGGCUGAGAUUUAUCACUUCAUUGAAGGAAUUGAGAAUCGACACAAAUGAAAGAGAAUUUCAGAAGAGGGUUUCUAAAGGAGGAGAAGAUUACUAUAAAAUCCAACACAUUCCUCUUAUUCGAUAUGACUGGCCACAAAAACCAGAAGACAACGAGGUAAUAGAAUAUUAUUUUCCCAGUCCAAUAAUCUGAGAAACAAUUUCAUAAAGAGAAAACAAAUGACGAUGGCUAAACUUCAUUUUUUGAUGCAAAACAAAUUUGAUUAUGUACUUUCAUGAAAUUUAACUAGUUAUUAUUCUCUCUUUGUUUUUCAGAGCGAUUGAUAUCUUCUCCGUUGGACUGUGAGGCUAUAUAUAUACUUAUAAUAAAAUAAUAAUCUCUUUUGCAUUGUGUUGAUAUGUGUUUGGUUCCUAAUCAAACUAUCGGCUACUGUUCCACUACCAUACUAAAAACAAAAAUGCAGGUUGUAGGUUCUGUUUUUUUUUUCCGAAUUAUCAUGGUAUUUGUCCCGUAAGCCAUUGUUACAAGUUACUUGGUCUGCUUUCUGUUGUGUUUA